AUGGUGGACUUAAGCGGACGCUGCCCAGGAGUAUUCUUGCAAGAGGAUCUAUUCCCCUCAACAGGUGGAUGUAUGUUGCUGGAAUCAAUGUCAUCGGCGGACGAUACUGCGAAACCUUUCCUUACAAAACUAAUAACAUAUCUUGUUGUCUACCCUGCCCUCUUGCUGACUGGCGAUAUGCCGAUAACAUUGCUCAACGAGUCGCAGUCGCUAGCUGGAUCAGCGUCGCCAUUCUCCCUCUUUAUCGCCUUCAUCGUUCCUCUUGGGGCCCAGCCUAAUCAAUGCCACAAUCAAAUCACACCUAAUGAUAUGUACAGCGACUUAUCUUGCGCCUUUUCUGGUUCACUAUUGCUAUUUGGGGGCUGGUUGGUGGUCAUGUGGAGUUUUAUCCGCACUAUCGCGUUUCAUCUGCAAGUCUGCUGGGAGGUUGUUCUGGGGCCAAAGUUCAUGUGGUCCGCCUUCGUGGCUGGGUUUGGAAUUCCUGCCAUCGGCCUCGCCGUUAUGCUCAAGUUUACGGGAGUAUCUUUCCGAUUUGGACAGAUUUGCCACAUAAAUAUCGAUAAGGGUCUAGAUGAUUACUGGGCCCCGAUUAUGGCAUUUGCCGCCGCCGCUCUGGUGUUACAGGUGACAACCAUGGCCUAUUGCAUGCACAUCUAUCUGCGUUCACUUUUCGACAAAUCCGCUUCGACUACUGAACAUAGUUCCGGUCUCCCCUCAUACACAGCUAGUGUUCGCACUGUCUCCGCACGCCACGCAUGGCGCAGGAUGCAGCGCGUGUUGCAGUUACAAUGGCGCGGGGUUGCGCUAGUGCUGAUCAUUCUUGGGAACGUGAUCUUCUUCGCUGUCGUAUUCAUCAAUCUCGACGAUCAAGUCAGCCCCACUCCAACUAACAUCAAGAAUGCCGCACCAUGGCUCACGUGUCUGGGACUUGGUGGCACUAAAGAGCAAUGCAAGGACCGUGUAACGGGAAUGGGUCCGAACGAAGCCACACUACUGGCCGUGGUUUAUCUCUUGUCUCUUGUGGGGUUCUGGAACUUUGCUCUAUUCGCUCGUCCAUCUAUGUUUGCCGGAUGGCUUGAUCUACUCCGACGGGGAUUUGCACGACGGCAUGAAUUUAUCUCAGCCGAAGCCGAUGAUCGCUACAUAGAUAGCAAAGGAUUCGAAAUGCUGACCACCAACAACCCAAGAAGCCCCGCGCCAUACAACAUGCGAUCGCCCAGCCCCUCACGCAUGGCUGGUCGGACAUCAGUAACCAGUCCAAGCCCGACAUUUGAUCGAAACGUUCACUUUGGACGUGAAGCUCGAUACACACGUCCGUCUAUGAGUUUCUCAGGACCCCGCCCUCCCAGCUCGUCGCAAAAUGCGCAGGACUGGGACCCCUCCUCUACAUUUGCGCGGGGCAAUGCACGUUAG